GGCCUUGCUAGGGUCAAUCUCGGCUGAGAGUCGUGAUCCAGAAGCCCCUGCAAGUCCUUCACGUUGCCAGGAAGCCGUUUCCAAGCCAAGCCAACAACAGCCUCAGGUAACUGGAACGGAGGAAGCUGCCUGACACGGAGCCAGACCCUUGGUCCAUCUGGCCCAGUAUUGUCAACACUGACUGGAAGCAGCAGCGGCUCUCCAAGGUUCCAAGCAGGGAUUUCCCAGAGAUUUUGGCUUCAAACCUGGGGCCUUCUGCAUGCAAAUAAUAUACUCAACCGCUAAGCUCCACCCCCACCCCACUAGCCAGACUAACAGAUGCAAGACUCUUACCUUUCAGAGCUCAGGGUUCCUCCCCCACCCACCCCUGGCUGCCCUUUUUAUUCCCACAACACCCCUGUGAGUUAGUUUGGGCUGAGAGACCAGGGCCCCAAAUUACCAGCUAGAUGGGUUGAUUUUGAAACUCCCUGGUUUAUCAUUAUUCAUUCUCAUUAAAUUUAUAUCCUACCUUCUUUUCCCUCUUGCAAGGAGCCUCCUCUCCAUUUUAUCCUCAAAACAACCCUGUGAGGUAGGUUAGGCUGAGAGUCUGUGUUUGGCCCAAAGUCACCCAGUGAGCUUCAAGACAGAGUGGGGGCUUGAACGCGGAUGCCCCGAGUUCCAGUCCAGUGCUCUACACCACACUGGCUCUCUGGUGGCUUUGUUAUACCAGGUGAAUGAUUGAUCACCCGUGCUGGGGCAAGGAGAACUUGCAGCUCUGCCCCUUGCAGUGGGGAAGGCUGCCCUCGCUCUGCAGGCUCCCUGCCUUCGCUCUGCAGGCUCCCUGCCCUCGCUCUGCUCUCUGCUGCCCCCGCAGAUUCAAAGCCAUGCUGAAGGGUGCUGGACCCCGGAAACCCCUCAUUGCGGUCUGCCAGGUGACUUCGACCCCCGACAAGGAGCACAACUGGGCCUCUUGCUCCCAGCUCGUCCGAGAGGCAGCCGGGCGGGGGGCCACCAUCGUCUUCCUUCCGGAAGCCUUCGACUUCAUCGGCCGCAACACGGAGGAGACCUUGAGUCUAGCUGAGCCCCUGGAGGGAGAUCACCUGCAGCGCUAUGCCAAGCUGGCCAGAGAAUGUGCCGUCUGGCUGUCCCUCGGAGGCUUCCACGAGAGAGGCAGGGACUGGGAGAGCACAGGACGGAUCUACAACUGCCAUCUCCUCUUGGAUUCCAGCGGAGCUGUCGCGGCUGUCUACCGGAAGACACACCUUUUUGACAUGGAGCUGGAGGGGCAGGUGUCCCUGAAGGAAAGCGCCUACACCAACCCGGGCUCCGAGAUUACGCCGCCUGUCGACACCCCAGCCGGAAAGGUUGGCCUUGCCAUCUGUUACGACCUUCGCUUCCCAGAAAUGUCCCUUGCUCUGGUCCAGGAUGGAGCGGAGAUUCUCACCUACCCAUCAGCGUUCACCGUGGCAACAGGCGCUGCCCACUGGGAGGUGCUGCUAAGAGCGCGGGCCAUCGAGACCCAGUGCUACGUGGUAGCGGCAGCGCAAACAGGCAAGCACCAUGAGCGCCGCACCUCCUACGGCCACGCCAUGGUGGUGGACCCCUGGGGCAGCGUCGUCGCCCAGUGCCACGAGGGGCCGGGACUGUGUUACGCGGAGGUCGACCUCGCCUACCUGCACCAGGUCCGGCAGGAGAUGCCCGUCUGUGGCCACCGCCGGACGGACCUCUAUGGCCGGGAAAGGGCUGCUCAGGAGGUCGUCCCGGACCCAUGACCUCGCUCACCUGCCGCACAAGGCUGCUGGACUCUCCUCCACAAUCAGGAGGUGGGGGCACGCCAAGAGAAAAGCACAGCUGCCCUCUCUUCCUCAGACCUGAGUGGAUUCAUAACUGAUGUGGUAGCCCAGCAGUACGCCUGGGGUAAGGUGAUCAGUGGAACGGUGAGAGAGAGAGAGAACCUUUCCCCGGUCUGGAUCAGGAAGAGGAAACACAUUAGCCCAGCCCCCCACUAGAAGGUGAACGCACCUAUCCAGAUUAAUCCACAGCUUAUACCUGGUCCUAGACUCCUCUAGUUGAAGUGCACUUGCUCAGACAGUCUCCAAUGAAUCACUUUUCUCCUAAAUACAUUGUUUACCUUUCUUUCCUUCGUACUUUU